UUUCAUUUUGUCGAGACACCAAACUAAAAUCUGAAACUUGAAAGUAAAGUCAUCUCUCUCUCUCACUCGCUCUUGACAGCUCCGCAUCUCGGAAUGUAAUUUCCUACUUUUCCGGCGACUCCCGGCGAGAUCUCCGAUCAGGUUGGAGGUGCCCACAUCAUUCAGUGAAGCUUUCUGCACGUGGUUAAUUUUGCUUUGAUAUAGAAGAUGACUUUCUUUUAGGCAUUUGAUAACUUGCGUAGAGGGAGGGUAUUGGUAGAAAUGGUUAUGUCAUAGCACUUUUUCCUUUGAAGGAAACCCUUCAUACUGCUCCACCACUGGAAGAAGCUAUGCAAGCCAGUGGAGCUAGAGACACCCAACUCCGUGACAGCAAUAGCCAGAAAGUCCACCCUCAACCAAUGGAAGAAGGGGCGAAUCAAAAUCCUGAGGCAGUGGAAGCCUUGAUAUCAAAGAUUUUUACAAACAUCUCUUCCCUGAAAUCUGCCUACAUAGAGCUCCAAACUGCUCAUACUCCUUAUGACCCUGAUAAAAUCCAAGCUGCUGAUAAACUUGUGAUUUCAGAACUAAAGACUCUCUCUGAACUCAAGCAUUUCUACAGGGAGAACUUCCCAAAACCUGUAUGUGUUUCUCCUCAAGACUCACGUUUGGCUGCAGAGAUCCAAGAACAACAGAGCCUGUUGAAAACCUAUGAGGUCAUGGUGAAGAAAUUCCAGUCCGAAAUUCAAAAUAAAGAUACUGAGAUUCUUCAGUUGCAGCAAAAGAUUCAAGAGGCAAACCAGAAGCGGGAGAAACUGGAAAAGAAUCUGAAACUUAGGGGAUUGUCCUCUAAAGAAUCAGAAAGCUCAGGCAACGAAAAUGAAUGUCUUCCUGCUGAUUUAACUCCCAAUCUUUUCAUAUCAGCCGUUGAAGCUGCUUACAAAGCCAUUCAUGAUUUUUCCAAGCCCUUGAUCAACAUGAUGAAAGCAGCUGGCUGGGACCUUGACGAGGCAGCAAACUCCAUUGAACCUGACAUUGUUUAUGCAAAAAGAGCUCACAAGAAAUAUGCAUUUGAGUCUCACAUCUGCCAGAAAAUGUUUGUUGGGUUCCAACAUGAAAGCUUCUCCAUCAAGCAAGAGAAUUCUCGGAUUCCUGAGGAAAGUUUCUUUUCCCAAUAUCUUGCCCUAAGGGAGAUGGAUCCUCUGGAUGCCGUGGGUCAAAAUCCAGAUUCCAGUUUUGGGAAAUUUUGCAGGAGCAGGUACUUGGUAGUUGUUCACCCAAAGAUGGAGGCUUCAUUUUUUGGCAACUUAGAUCAACGGAACUACAUUAUGGGAGGUGGGCAUCCCAGGACAGCUUUCUAUCAGGUUUUUCUGAAACUGGCCAAAUCAAUCUGGCUUUUGCACAGGUUGGCAUAUUCUUUUGAUCCACCAGUUAAGGUCUUCCGGGUUGAGAGAGGAAGUGAGUUCUCGGAGGUCCAUAUGGAAAGUGUGGUCAAAAGUUUGGUUAUGGAUGAUGAUCAAAAAGCUGCAGUUGGGCUAAUGGUUAUGCCUGGUUUCUGGAUUGGAGGCAGUUUGAUCCAGUCCCGUGUUUAUUUAACAGGCGUGAAGGUUGCUGAAUGACUUGUAUUUCCUUGGAUCAGAAUUCUUGCUCAAAAUAUGUAUGUAUCUGUUGUCUUGAUACACUAUAUUACUUUAGAGUAUGAUAAUUUCUGCUGUUGUAUGUGUCGUUAAAUGCUGGUUUGAAAUGGUAUGUGGUGUUCUGCUCA